AUGCGCUUCUUGGAUGUUAAUUUAUCAGAUGGCAAACUGAAUGUUUGCGGAUCUCAAGACAUUCUGUCCGAUUUGCGCUUACAAAUUCCAAACCAACGAAUUGAGUCCUUCCGUGAUUGUAAACAAAUCGUUGUUUACUCUUCCUCUACAAAUGUGCCUUUAGAUUUGAUUUUCUUAGAUAUCUACACCCAAGCUUCUAAUCUCUCUGGUACGAUUGUGAAUGAGUCUGGAUCAGCAAUGUCUCAUAGGGUUUUAUGACAACUCGUGCAAAUGUCGCAGUUCAAAUCUGAAGCAGAUUACGAGAAAAUUUUCAAACAUCGUUACUCUAACGACGAUGUUGAAUUCACUGAAUAUACAGAAAGACCCUCUCCAUCUCCACCCAUCUUUGAAGGUUGGAUUUCUCGAAACAACCGACAUAAUUCCUCUAGUAAUCGUCACUUUAAUCGUCAAUCAAGUUCCCACAGGCACCGCGAAGAUUCCCGUCGUCAUGACUAAUUUUUUUUCGUUGUCCUUUUUAUGCUAUGAACAAAACUAUUUUGAAUGA